AUGGUUGGGAGUGAUUUGGUGACAGUUAGCACUACUAAUUGCAUCCACACCUGCCUGCACUCCACACUCCAGAUCGUCGGGAGUGGUUUGGUGACAGUUAGCACUACUAAUUGCAUCCACACCUGCCUGCACUCCACACUCCAGAUCGUUGGGAGUGGUUUGGUGACAGUUAGCACUACUAAUUGCAUCCACACCUGCCUGCACUCCACACUCCAGAUCGUCGGGAGUGGUUUGGUGACAGUUAGCACUACUAAUUGCAUCCACACCUGCCUGCACUCCACACUCCAGAUCGUCGGGAGUGGUUUGGUGACAGUUAGCACUACUAAUUGCAUCCACACCUGCCUGCACUCCACACUCCAGAUCGUCGGGAGUGGUUUGGUGACAGUUAGCACUACUAAUUGCAUCCACACCUGCCUGCACUCCACACUCCAGAUCGUCGGGAGUGGUUUGGUGACAGUUAGCACUACUAAUUGCAUCCACACCUGCCUGCACUCCACACUCCAGAUCGUCGGGAGUGGUUUGGUGACAGUUAGCACUACUAAUUGCAUCCACACCUGCCUGCACUCCACACUCCAGAUCGUCGGGAGUGGUUUGGUGACAGUUAGCACUACUGAUUGCAUCCACACCUGCCUGCACUCCACACUCCAGAUCGUUGGGAGUGGUUUGGUGACAGUUAGCACUACUAAUUGCAGAACUCCCUAA